AUAAUGCUUCCAACAGUACAGGCUACUCAGUGAGGAAACAUCUCAAGAUGCCAUCUUCUACAAUUCUUCUGAUAACUUUUCAGCUUUUGUUUGUAGUAAUGGACUGUGACACAAGUGGAGAAUCUUAUACGUUUUUUAAUACAGUCAACAAUGUUGCUGUUGGAAAUGAUUACGUCUUUGUAGCUACUGAGAACUGCUUGUACCAGCUCAAUCACACCUUGCAUGUGCAGGUGGUUGUAAGUCCAAGGGAAGGCAAUAAAAAUGAGUGCACAAAAAAUUUGCAAGGGAGAGUCGUCAGGGAUAAAAAAACUGUUUACCACAACAAACUUUUACUGGUGUAUAAUGGCACAUUGCUGAGCUGUUGGAAUCAAAAUAAUGGGAUGUGCCUUGAAAGAGAUCUUAAUAACAUAACCAAUAUCACAGGGAAUUCAAGCCAUGUAGCACCCUGUGAUCCGAAAUAUCCCAUGACAGCAUUUUUUAUAAAUAAAGAUACCUUUUCUAUAGAGGAAGAUACCUUAGCUGUUGCAACAUAUCCGUGCCCUAGUGGAAUUUUUUCAUGUAAUAAGUCUGACAACUUUCCACCUGAAUGUAAUGCAGUAUCAAUAAAAACAAGGCAGGAUAUAAAAUUUGUAAAUGCUAAUAUGUAUGCAUCAUUAAAAGACAAAAUUCUUAGUUUCAUAGAUUCAUUUUCAUUGGAUAAAAAAUUAUUUUUUAUUUACUAUCCAUAUGGUGGUCAUGGUGUAAGCAUUUUCACAGUGGAAAUAAUAAAAAAAAAGAUGCGCUUUCACAAUCAAGUCCAGCUUAUAUGCCAAGGGAGGGAAAGAAAAGAGGUGAUCUUGUCUUCAUUCAGGUUUUAUACUUCGCAAGGCUAUUUAUUAGCUGGCAUAUUUGCAUAUGAUAACCCAGCUACAGCUGCUCGCAAGACAGCACUCUGCGUCUUCAAUAUCACUGAAAUUAGCAAACAAGGAAAAAGCUGCAUCACUGAUUUCUUCGCCAGUAAUGAGACUUGUGAAAGAAAAGAAAUAUAUCCAAUAAAAAAGGAACCCAUACUAAUCCAUAGUAAUUUAACUUCGGUUUAUGCUGUUGAAGUACAAAAAGGAAUGGUAUUCUUUAUGGGAACUGGAAAUGGACAGAUGUUGAAGGUUUUAGUGGACUCAGAAUGGAAUGCAAACUGCCCAGAAAUAUUAUAUGAACUUAAAAAAGAAACUCCAGUGUAUCAAACAAUCUUAAGUGAUCCUCAGGAUAGUGAUUACAUAUAUUUGACUACUGUAAAUGAGAUAAGAAGAAUAAAAGUAUCAAGUUGUGAAAAGUUUGAAUCCUGCUCACAGUGUUUGUCAUCAAUGGACCCGUUUUGUGUCUGGUGUUUGUCAGAGCAAAGGUGCAUUUCACAAGGCCAAUGUACGCUGAAUGUUUCUCAGACAAACUGGAAUGGUAGUUUUAAAAAUGAUGGUAAAUGCUUGGAUGUUCAUGUUAUUCCCAUUGAGGACAGCAAGCUCAAGAUAACUGCAAAGGACAAUACUAACGUAAUUGCUGCACAAAAAUCACAGUGUGAAGUUACAAAUACUGGCACGGGUGAAGUGCUUUGUGCCAACAAUACAGAAUCAUCUUCACAGUUCUGCUCCUGCCAGUUUUCUACCAGUCGCUUGUCUAAUAAAGAUCUUCUAGUAACUUUCAAACUCCAGGAAAACAAAAAUAUAUAUAUUUCAGAGUAUUUCCAGUUUCAAAAUUGCAGCUUCAAAAACAGAUGUUUAGACUGCUUAUCUAAUGGAUGUUUAUGGUGCAACAAGGAAGAUAAGUGCAUGUCUCCCUUGAAACCCUGUGUAGAUUUUGCAUUAAAGAAUACAUGCAUGAAUAAUGAUAAUAAUCCAUCUUGGACUACUGGAACGUCACUGACAGCAGGGAUUCAGAUUGAGUCUGUAAUCCCUCAAAGGAUAUCGGUUUUAGGAAAGAAAGAAGUGUCAAUCACAGGCCAAAACCUACAGAAUUUAUCAAGAUUGAUUUUAAUAGGAACCAGCAGCUGUCAGCCCCAAGUAGUAAAUAAAUUUAAUUUAAUAAAUAAUACUCACGCCAUUAUCUCUCUACCACCAAGUCGCAAAGAAACUAAAAGUUUAUGUCUAAACUUUAAUGGAACUAAAUGUUACCAAGAAAUUUAUUAUGAAUCAACACCAUGGUGUUCUAACAUAUUUCCAAAUACUACCUGGCUUAGUGGUGGUCGCAGAUUAUCCAUACAAGGUAAAAAUAUGGAUUUCAUCGACUAUUUAAUCCUUUCACAUCCAGGAAUAAAAAAUAAUCACAUUGAUUGCAUUACAAAUCGUACUCACUGCCAUUUUUUAACUCCAAAAUUUACUGAACCAAAUAAGUAUUUUAAUAUAAGCAUAACUGUGGAAGACCAAAUUGCAGAAUGUGACAGAGUACACUACAAGGAAAAUCCAGUUUUUACCUCAUUUGCUUUGUUUAAUGAUGAGGACACAGACUUAGAGUUAAGAAUAAAGAAAACCCACGAUGAAUUAAACAUUGAAGAAAAUGAGAUACAAGUUUUGAUUAAUUACGCGAACAAGUCCUACCAAUGUGUAGUGAAAAACAUAACUCAAAACAUUGAUGGAAGCACUGUUUAUUGUAAAGCAAAAAAAUACACAAAAGAUAAAAUUGAUCAGUCCAAAAUGAAAGUAAUGGUUACACUGGGAGAAUUUACAGUGACACUGGAAGCAAAAGAAGGGAAGUCAUCAUCUUUGUACAUUCUUGUGGUUAUCCCUUUUUUAGUUGCAAUAGUUGUACUAAUAGCCUGUUUAGUGACCAAAUACAAAUCUAAUCAAAUGAAUGAACAUCUGAAGAAACAAGUUGAAUUGAUGGAAUGUGAAGUUAGACAGGAAAUACGUGAUGGUUUUGCUGAAUUACAAAUGGAUAGAAUAGACUGUGCAGUGGAAUUAUAUGGCACUAUUACAUUUUAUGACUACAGACAUUUUGCUCAACACAUCUUAUUUCCAGAGGGCUGUACUAUAGACGUCACUGAAGAGUUAGUUGAUGACAUUCCCUUGACUUUCCAUAAAAAGAUCCCCGAGACAGAAGAUGAACCCAUAUCCAGUUUGAAGACAUUAUUUGAGAACAAGAGGUUUUUGGUGAAACUGAUACAUAUUUUGGAAAAGCAGAAUGACUUCUCAAUUAAAGACAGGUGUAUGUUUGCAUCCUUUUUGGCUGUCACUUUUCAGAAUAAUCUUGUUUAUCUCACUGAACUACUUGAAGAUUUGAUAAAGGACCUAAUGGAACAAUCAAACAAUAAGCAUCCAAAACUCAUGCUGAGGCGCACAGAGUCUGUUGUGGAAAAGCUACUUACUAAUUGGAUGUCUACAGUUCUAUAUGGGUUCCUGAGGGAAUCUGUAGGUGAAUCACUGUACCUGCUUGUCAACAUGCUCAACCAGAGAAUACAUAAAGGCCCAAUCGAUGUUAUAACCAGUAAAGCACUUAACACAUUGAAUGAAGAUUGGCUUCUUUGGCAAAGGACAGAAUUCAAUAAUGUAGAGCUCAUUGUGAAAUUUCCUUCAUUGUCAGAAGAAGAAAAUCAACACAUUUCUAGUGAAGACAUUAACGUUACAGUUUUAGAUUGUGAUACAAUUGGACAGACCAGAGAAAAAUGUUUACAGGCAUUUAAAAAAAAACAUGGAUAUGACUAUGCAGUCCCACUUUCUGACUUAAAUCUAGUGUUUCAUCAUGGUCAGCAAUACACGGAUCUCCUAGACGUGGAUGCUUCCUCUGUUGUCAUGGAGGGUGGUAUAAUAAAGUUAAAUACCAUUGAACAUUACAAGAUUGAGAAUGGAACCACUAUCAAUGUCAUAGCAAAGAAAAAUUGUGAUACACCAGAUCCUCAAAAUCCUAAUCGGUUUUGCCACCUGGUUUUACCCAGCUCUGAAGAAAAUGAGAUUUUUCAAGAUGUAAAAAAUACAGGCAAACAUAAAUUUAAAGUCAAGGAAUUGUAUCUUACAAAGUUGCUUUCCACAAAGGUUGCAAUUCACUCUGUGGUAGAAAAACUUUUUCGAAGCAUUUGGAAAUUACCAAAUAACAAACCACCAAUAGCUAUAAAAUAUUUUUUUGAUUUCUUGGAUGCCCAGGCUGAAAGCAAAAAAAUUACAGACCCAGAUGUUUUGCAUAUAUGGAAAACUAACAGCCUCCCUCUUCGCUUUUGGGUGAACAUUCUGAAGAAUCCACAGUUUGUCUUUCCCAUAAAGAAAACUGCUCAUCUGGAAACCUGUCUAUCAGUAAUUGCACAGGCAUUUAUGGAUGCAUUUUCACUUACAGAUCAGCUUUUGGGGAAGGCGGCUCCAACUAACAAACUUCUUUACGCCAAAGAUAUUCCACUGUUUAAAGAAGAGGUAAAAUCUUUUUAUAAAGAAAUAAGAGAGGCACCACAAUUGCUUCCCUCAGAGCUAAAAGAGUUCUUAACUCUGGAGUCAAAGAAGCAUGAACACGAAUUUAAAGAAGAUGUGGCUUUGCUGGAGCUGUACAAAUGUAUUCAUAAAUAUGAUGGUGUGAUCCUGAGUAUCCUUGAAAAAGAAUCAGGGUUUGAAGCAGAGUUGAAGCAGCUGAUGAAUAUUAGAUCAUUCAUGGAAAACAAAAAGAAGUGUACGUGGGAAUAGAGGAGCACGUGUUUUUUUCACAAUAUAUAGAAUAUAUAACAGAGCUGGUGUUUUUGCACAUGUUUGAUGAUGGCUGACAGAAAAUGAUGCAGUCUGCACUAUCUACUAAUGGCUGUAAUGGCAAUCAAAGAGUCAACAGCGCUGUAUUAGAACUUUGCUUUCCUUUGUAAUAACGCAUUUAGAAACACUGUACCGGUGUAAUAAAAACAAAAGUAUGAAUAAUGCUUCUGAUGAAAUUGAAUUUCCUGUUUUAAUGCAAUUCUUACGAAUAUACUUUUUGAAAUAUUUGUGACAAAUGAAGAAAUAAGAUCACUAUAUCUUCUGAAUAUAUAUUGUAAUGCUUAUUUUAUUAUUUUAUAUACUACAAGAGUUUUUUCAACCAUUGCUAUUGUACAGUGAGCUAUAGUAAAAUAAAUAAAAAUGUAUAUGAAGAAA